AUGCCGCGGAUGUGGUGGACGACGUUUGCCAAGCGGUCGAAUGGGUAUUUUGGGUAUCAGGAUGUGCUUGAUUCGGAUGGCAAGCGGACGGGUACAAUCUCGUGGGUGAGGUUCAUGGUCAAGCGAGUCAGCAAGAUCCUCAACGCCCACGACGUCGACGAGAUCAAAUACCACUGGGUCAAGCUCAACGCCGUGACCCGCUGGCACGCCUCCAACAACCGCACCGACAUCCUCCUCUUCGACCACCCGCGGUUUGCGCUGCUCAACAGGGACUCCAUCCUGCGCGACAUCAACCCGCGCGAGCUGGGCGACCCGUUCUGGGCGUAUCCCAGCAUGGUGGAGGAGGUCGCGCAGCUGCACGACGUGACCAUCUGGGAGACGCGCAACCUGCUCCGGGACUUUGAGCUGCGGCGGGCGUUUUACCGCUUCAACUACAAGUACCUGCACGAGAUCCCGCGGCACAUGACGCACGUCAACGAGAUGGUGUACGUGACGGAGAGCAUCCUGACGAGCAUCCAGAAGCACCACGCGCACUUUCUGGCGACGACGGACAAGGUCGACGCGCCGAGGAUGUCUUUCCUCAACAUCCAGAGCCGGCUGGACUCGCUGCACAACAUGGUGACGAACCUGCGGCACCGCGCGGAGAGCAACAACGCGCGCAUCCAGAACGAGAUGGCGCUGACGUACAACGACGCGGCGAGGAUCGAUUCGUCGGCGAUGCGGGCGAUUUCGCUGAUUGGGCUGCUGUUCUUGCCGGCGGCGUUUGUGGCGGCGAUAUUCAGCACUUCGUUUUUCAACUUUGACGCGCCGACGGGGGUGUGGAGGCUUUCGAGCCAUUUCUGGAUGUAUUGGGCGGUGGCGGUGCCGUUGACGGUUGUGACGGUUGUGUCGUGGUUUUUUGGGCCGGUGAUUAUGGAUAGGGUGAUGCCGCAGUGGAGGAGGUGGGUUGAGUGA